AUGUCAUCUCAAUCAUCUGCUAUCAAGCACAACCUUCUCAUUCAUCUCGAUUGUUCCUACUCCCAACAAUUACUUCUCCGAGUUCUUACCUCCCCAGAAGAAGAACUCUCUUCCAAAUUUCUCGCACAGUACAAUAUUUUCACCCGAGAAGAUGUUUUGAAGUUUGCUUCCGAAACUUGUGCUGAUGAUGAGGAACCUGCUGCUCUCCUCUAUGAACAAUGUGUGGAGAAGUUUAUCAAACAUUUCAACAUUCAUGUUCAAUGGGAUGAAUAUGAAAACAUUGCUUGGGAUCUUGUCAUGAAAGCUCAACAUCAUGAAUCGUCGUUGGAUAAAUCAUUGCCCACAUCGGAGCCUCUACGAUGUAAUUAUUACUGUGUUCGGAAGGGUCUCAUCAGAAAAGCACAAUUUGCCAGUGUUUUAAAUCGAUACAUUACCAAAAAAUUGGACAAACAAGAAACCACUUAUUUGAAAAACGCAAUACCAGAGACCUAUCUCUAUGAAUUGGAUGAUCCCGAAUAUUUUGAUGAGAGUUUGUAUGAUAUUUAUGAAGUAGUGGAGUCUCUUGAGGAAAAUGAAAGAAAAUUACAAGAAGAAUCGACGAAAGAUGAUGCCAAGUUAACGACUUGGAUUUUAAAACCAUCCAUUACGAAUAAGGGAGCUGAAAUUUUCAUUUUCAAUUCGUUGGAGGCGUUGAAAAAUUAUUUUACUCAAAAACAUGAGCAAGUCCGAGUAGAAGAAGAAGAAGUCAAUGAAUCCUCUGAACAACGCGUGGAUUUGAGACAAUUAAGAGAAUGGGUCAUACAACGCUAUGUGGAUAGACCUUUGUUAUUGUGUAGUGGACGAAAAUUUCACAUGAGAGUUUAUGUUGUCUCAGUGGGUGCCUUACAAGUUUAUGUGUAUGAUCAAAUAUUGGCAUUGUUUGCAUUGAGACCUUUCGAUAUGAAUCGUGUCAAUGAUACAUUUUCACACAUUACCAAUACUUGUGUUCAAGUGAACGAAGUCGAUUUCAAGGAGAGCGAGUCAGUGAAAUUGUUUUGGAAUUUAGACAAGGAAGAUGCUGAACACAUUUCGAGAUUGCAGUUAGAACGAAUUUUCGAACAAGUCAAGAAAAUAACAGGCGAGACAUUUGAAGCAGUGAGUGGAGAGUUGAAUUUCAUGCCACUGCCACAUUGUUUUGAAUUGUAUGGCUUGGACUUUUUGGUGGAUGAAAGUCAUGAGGUCUACUUGUUGGAGGUCAACGCUGGUCCAGACUUUAAGCAAACUGGAAAAGAGUUGGAUCGUGUGAUUUAUAAUUUAUUUAAACAGACAGCAAAGGUUGUUUUGUUAAAUGACACUAACGAUUGUAUCGUCGGUGAUGAAAAUGCAGCUACUUUUGGAAAAGGACAAUUACAUCGUGUAUUAUCUAAAGAGACAACAUACAGAAGAGAAUUUUAA